GGGAGCCCCAUUGAAAAAAAAAAAUGGUAGAAGCUGUGGUGGCUUGAAGCAGAGGUUUAAACUCUAAUGGUGUAUCCAACAGCUAGAACUCGGAAAAGGGUUCACGCAGUUCUCCGUGCCCCUGAUGGAAGCGCCUUUCAGAAAUGUGAAAGUUGUGGAGUUUCCAUAGCAAUCGCUUUGGCUGACAUGCACGAGUGUGAAACUAAGAAGGAGUUGGCGGUGAAGAGGUUUAGAGGUGUAUGUGGGAGGCAAAGCGUUGUGACAGAGUCACAGUCACAGUCACACACCAUUGGGGACCAACCCAGGUCGCCUUUUCGGUUUUUCAUGGAAAACUUUCUGAAGUCCUGCAAGAGUAGGAAUUUGAUUAGCAUUGAUCAAGCUGGGUUUGACAUUUGGAACAACAUGUCCAAGGAGGAGAGGGAACCAUACAUCAUUGAAGCUAAAAGGGUCAACUCUUCUUACGUGAAAGCUUUGCUUGGAGAAGUUAACAAUAUGCAAGAGAUUGAUUGCAGGUCAAUGAUGAGGCAGAUUCAGCAAUGGUUGGGAAGUUUGAUUGGGUUCGUCUACUUCAAAAUGUUAAGAUUCUAUGAAGGCUAUGAAGACUAUGAGAACUGUUACAGCUCUGAUAGUUUUCCAUCUUGGGAAACUGAGAUCUUAGACACCUACGGUGUGCCCUACUAAUUUCCUGAACUUCAUGAAGCAAAUGGUGGAAUCAUGGGUCAUUGAGAAAUCUGACUUAAGUUCAAGUUUGCACGUGAAGGUCCCCUUGUCAAAACUUUGGGUUAAGGGGGCCAAUCAAUUGGCAAUGGUGAAAAUAUAGAUGCUAACAGAAUUUUUACCAUUACCUAUGUUCUCAAGGCAAGUCAUUUGGCUAUUGUAUAGUGCACAAGGGGUUUUGGAUUCUAACCAGUAUAUAGAUAUUUUCCUUAAUAGAGUUUGGAAGGUUUCAUAUCGGGGUAUUUUUGCUCUAAUUAUAUUACUUGAGAUAGUGAUGGAGCUUGAUACCUCAUAGAAAGCAUUUUGUCCAUGUUUUUGUUUUGAAAUGUUCCCUUAAAUGCAAGGUGAUGCAUUGAAGCUA